AUGUGGGUCCUAGGCUCGAGUGCGGCGCCUGUGCGGCCACAGACCCGCAUUGCGCCGGGCCAGGCGAAGCACUCGACGUAUGCGAGUCGCAUGCGUGCGGGCACGACGACGCUCAUGCAGCCGAUCUGGCGCGGCUCGCAUGAGACAGAGGACCCGCUCUCGACGCGUGGUGGGCGGCAUGCCGUGUACUAUGGCGAGGACGCCUCGGACGACGACGAUAUCGAGGUCGACGAUGAUGACGACGACGAUUUUGAAUCGCCAGACGACGAGUACGGCUCGCAGACAAGCAGCAAGCGCCGGCGCAGCCACCUGGAAGACCGCGCGUCGAAUAGCCCCGCCACCCGGCCCGGCCCGAGCGACGUGGAAGCAGAGGCCGAGUGGGCGGCGCCCGGUAGCCAGCUGGGCCUGCCCGUGCCAAGCAGGCGUCUAGUGGUGCGCCCAGCGAGGCCUGUGCAUCCCCCCUACUUUUCCGACGAGCAGCUGGCGCAGCAGGGCGAGGCCCCCGAGGUGCUCGUGCCGAUCCGCAUCGAGUUCCACACGGACACGCACCGGAUCAAGGAUGUCUUUCUGUGGAACAUCAAUGAGCGGCUUAUUACGCCGUACCAGUUUGCGCAAAUGUUUCUGCAGGACCUGGACCUGCCGAUCACGCCGCAUGCCUUGCAGAUUGAGAACGCGAUCAUCCAGCAGCUGGCGGACGCCUCGGCCGUGCUGGACAGCGAAGACACGCUGACCCGCAUCGUGGACCUCAAGACAGGUGCGCGCGAGCGCAAGCGCCUCGAGGCCGAGGCUGAGGCGCAGCGGCGGCGCCUCGCAGCGACCCAGGCGGCCAGUGCGGACGGAUCGUCGUCGCUCUUAGCGCCGCGCAAGCGCGGCCGGCCGCGGAAAUACCCGCAGUCCGAGCCCAACGAGGGGUCGCCCACGGUCGAGGCGCCGUUCCCGCUCGCGCCCAGCACGGUGCCCGGCAGCGCACCGUCGGGCGGCGGGCCCGCAGCCGCGCCGCAGGACGAAGACCCGAAGACGGCUGAGAAGGCGCGCAUCCACGACAUGCUGGUCAGCGUAGAUGCCGAGGACGACCUGCGUGUGAUUGUCGAGUACAAGGUGCAGAUCGCGCGGCACAUGCUGCGCGACCGGCUGGAGUGGGACCUGAGCUCCGAGUGGACGCCCGAGGCGUUCGCGCGGACCCUCACGCGCGACUUGGGUCUGCCGCCGGAGGGCCGUGGCAUCAUUGCACAUGCGGUGCACGAGCAGCUGAUGCACCACCGGCGCGCCGCGACGGAGCUGGGCCUAUUUGGCAGUGGCAAGAUAUACCGGUGCACGAUGGACGAGCUCGAGCAGAUUGAGCGGGCUGAGCAGGCGCAGCUAGCCGAGAGUGCUGCGGCCGAGGCACGCAGUGGCGACGCGGACGGCGGCGCGGCGGCGCACCGGCACGCGAUGGCCGCGGCGUCGAGUGCGCUGGACGCCCUGGACGAGUACGCGGUGGGUAUGCGCGACGAGGUCGGGCCGCCCAAUACGCGCAGCCGGCGCAUGGCUGCGGGCGCGCAGGGGGCGGCGGACUCGGCGGGUUCGAUGCCGUUCCUCCUCCCGGACGAGUCGCUGCCGCUGCCUGUGCGGCGGCAGCAGGCGCUUGCGACGCUACGGGAUCUUUUGUCUAUCGGGCCACGACCGCUCGAGGGCGCGUGGCGCGACUUUGGCGAUGUCGCUGACUUUGGGCCGCUGCUCGAGUACCUGAGCGAUGCGGAGCUCGAGAAGAUGGAGGAGGCGGACCUCCGGGCGAGUCGGCGCAACCGCCGCGAGGCGCAGCGCACGGGGCGCACGCGCCGAGGGUGA